CAUCGGUUCAAAGUUGAAAGUCAAAACAACACUACAGUUGUGCAGUAUGGCGGUCUUGGCAGGAUGCAGAGUUUAUCUGCAAUCUUUUCGAACACAAAUGGGAAAGCUUGAGGGAGUUUACAAAUUACACGAGCAUGCAAAGUCUUUGCAUCAUGCUGCCUCAAACAAACUGGUGUAUUGUCGUCCGGCAAGGAAUGGCGCUAGCCGUAAUUCCAGCUCCGACGCUAAGUCAGGGGAAGAUCUGAGCGUUAGGUAUUUGGACGGAGAAGAUUCAGGAAUUGUUGUUUUUGGAAUCAACAGAGCAAAAGCCAAAAAUUCCAUUAGCAAAAAUCUGGUCAAUUUGAUGUCAGAGGCUGUAGAGAAGGUGAAAAAGAAUAACAAAGUACGAACUGUCAUUUUGUGCAGUUUGGUGCCUGGGAUAUUUUGUGCAGGUGCAGACCUGAAAGAGAGGGCCAAAAUGCACCAAAGUGAAGUGGGACCUUUUGUCUCAAAAGCAAGGGCCCUAAUCACAGAACUUGGUAAUUUGCCAAUGCCUACAAUUGCUGCCAUCGAUGGAGCUGCGUUGGGAGGGGGACUGGAGAUGGCCCUUGCCUGUGACAUCAGAAUUGCAUCAAACUGUGCAAAAAUGGGACUGGUAGAGACCAAACUUGCAAUAAUUCCAGGAGCAGGUGGCACCCAGCGACUGCCUCGUGCUAUCGGGGUGGCUCUGGCCAAGGAGCUGAUCUUUGCAGCACGGGUGGUGGACGGGGCGCAGGCACGAUCCUUGGGCCUAGUCAGCCAUGCGGUGGAGCAAAACAAGAGUGUAGACGCCGCCUACUUGCGAGCACUGGACCUGGCCCGAGAAUUUAACCCCCAGGGCCCUAUCGCCAUUAGGAUGGCAAAGUUGGCUAUCAAUCAGGGUAUAGAGGUGGAUUUAGCUACAGGAUUAGCUAUUGAAGAGGCAUGCUAUGCCCAGGUGAUACCAACCAAGGACAGGCUGGAGGGCCUCACCGCCUUCAAGGAAAAGCGCACUCCUCGCUUCAAGGGAGAGUAACGCUGGCAAAUCACAAGCCACAGCCUUCCUCUGCUUCUGUCAGAUUCCCAGUAAUGGUGAUAUAGCCCAUGCCCUCCGUAGAACUGGAGCGUACUACGUAGAGGUUCAUGGUCAUUUGCACGCAUUGUAAAACGGACUGAACACUACAUUGGGAAGUAAAAUGAUUUAUGCUGAGCAAACAGAUGAUCUGAAUUUUGCAUGUAUUGUUGUUCAAGUUUGUAAGUGGCCUGUCCUUGGCUGCAAAGUAGUUUGUCUUCCAUGUACUGAAAUCAUUGUUUUCUUCUAUGAUUCACAGUGAAUGAUUUAUGUUCAAUGUAACUAAUGUAAAUCAUCAUGUCAACUAACUGUUUAUACUAACAAGAAAUGUAUAUUAUCAAGAAAUGGCCACAAAGCGUAAACAACUUUUUUGGUCAGCCUUGUUUUAGUAAAUUUCACAACUUAAUUUCAUGACAAAUCAUAAAAAAGCCAACUGCAUGUUGAAUGCAAUGGACUUCGAAGUUAACUUUUUUUAUUUGAGAAGAAAGUUACUCCCAAGGGGUAACAUUUGUAGAGCAAUCACAAUAAAAGUAUUGUCUCCAACUCAAA